GGGGAGGGGGCUGCUUUCCUGGUGGGGUGGCUUUGGUGUCUCCUCCCAGGGCUGGGCUGGUGCCAGAACCUCGCCUGGCUCCCUGCCCGCUGCCACUGCCUGCCUAAUUGGGAGAAACUGGGUGUGACUGGUGCACCAUGGUGGAGGUGACGGUGACACCACAGUCCUCUCUGGCCGACCGGCCGGUGCAGGUGAAAGUGCGAGGGUUGUCCCCCUCCCAGCUGGUCACACUGCGGGCAUCACUGACAGACGAGCUGGGCCAUCGCUUCCAAUCUCGAACCUUCUUCCGCGCCGAUGGGGCAGGCGAGGUGGAUCCCGGGCACCACGCAGCGCUGGGUGGCAGCUACACAGGCGUCUGGCCCAUGGGUCCCUUCUGGUUCCUGCAGCCCGACACCCUCUUCCAAAGGCUGAUCAAGCGAGAUGUGGCCGGCAGUCCCUUCCUUGUCCGUCUGGAGGUCUUCGAUGGCCUCUCGUUGGCCACCAGCCCCCAGGACCAGCCGCUGGCCUCCUGUGAAGCCGAGAGGUGGUAUGUGGGUCCUGGCGUGCAGCGUGUGCCCAUCCGGGAGGGCAAGGUCCGUGGAGCCCUCUUCUUGCCACCUGGACCAGGACCCUUCCCAGGGGUGAUUGACCUGUUUGGUGGUGCUGGUGGCCUCAUUGAGUUCCGUGCGGGGCUGCUGGCCAGCCGGGGCUUCGCAGUGUUGGCAUUGGCCUUCUUCGCUUAUGAUGAUCUUCCCCGCAACAUGCUCGAGCUCAACCUGGAGUAUUUUGAGGAGGCGGCCAACCUGCUCCUUCGGCAUCCAAAGGUACGAGGCACUGGCUUGGGCGUCAUCGGUGUCUCCAAAGGAGCAGAGGUGGCCCUGGCCAUGGCCACCUUCCUCCCACAGGUGGUGGCCACUGUGUGGAUCAAUGGCACAGCCUACAUCCAUGGUACUCCACUUAUCUACAAGGACCUCCACAUCCCUCCCAUCCCUUAUUACGGUGAGCGCUUGCUCUUCAUGGAGAUGGGAGCCAUGGACAACUCAGCUGUCUUCGGUGACCCCCGGGACCCUGCGUACAGCGCCUCGGCCAUCCCAGUUGAGAAGGUCCGUGGGAAGGUCCUCUUCAUUGUGGGGGAGGCCGAUCGCAGCUACAACAGCAAACUCUUCGCCGAGCUGGCUAUGGCACGGAUGCCAGCGGGAAGUUGUCGGCUCCUCUCCUACCGUGGAGCAGGACAUCUCAUCGAGCCCCCCUGCUCACCCCUCUGCAGCAUCUCCAGGAUCCGGGCCAGCCCCUGGCUGGUGCUGUGGGGUGGUGAAGCCCAACCCCACGCCAAAGCUCAGGAGCAUUCGUGGCAGGAGAUCAUCCAGUUCUUGAAGCUCCAUCUGGGUUCUGUUGCCACCACGAAGCUGUGAUGGCUGCAGGGAGGUGGGUGGGAAGGGGCUCCCACCACUCAAUAAAGUGUAGCCCGUGGUACCCAAUCUGCU